UUACAAAACCAGAUUAAUGGAAGUAGAGCUCCUCGGCAACAAUGGAAGUUCUUGGCUGCUGCGGACUGUCACAACGUUCUCUUCUUCGUACAAAUACUCUUCCACAAAGACAGAGAUGGAGGAUCUUUGGUUCCGCCACUUUUGUGUCUCCUUCAUGGCGUUCUCUCAAACCCAACCCUUCUAUCGCAUGUGUGAAAGGCUCCUGUACUUCUCCCCUUUUUCUUCCCUUUCUCCAACAAGAUGAAGAUGAUGAUGAUGAAGCGGGUGAGGAUGAAGAGGAGGAAGAACAAAACACAGAAGAAUGCCAAGAUAAAGAACGGUCAACCUCGAAGCCAAAUGAUCCAAUUAUGAAUUUCUUCAAGAAACGGACAGAGGAUCCAACCUCAUAUCCUGACCCAGAUCGCCAAGGCAAGUUAUCUCUCAGCAAGAACCGAAAAACCUCUUGGCACCUUUCCCCGAUCUUUGAUUCAACUCUAGAAAAUGAAGAAGAAUAUAAUGCUGAUGAUGAAGAAAAAAAGGAAGUCCAAAGUAUUACAAGAGCAGAGGGGGUUGUCGGUGAAAUACUGGAAAAAGCAAGGAAAUUACCAGAAAAUGUGACAUUGGGAGAGGUUUUGGGGGAGUUUGAAGGGAGGAUUGGUGAGAGAGAGUGUGUGGAGGUGUUGGGGUUGCUUGGAGAGGAGGAUCUGCUCAAUUGUGGCUUGUACUUUUUUGAAUGGAUGAGGUUGAGUGAGCCUUCACUCGUUACGCCUCGAGCAUGCACAGUUCUCUUUCCAAUACUUGGAAGGGCUAGUAUGGGUGAAAAGUUAAUGCUUCUCUUCAAAAGUUUGCCUAAUCACAAACAAUUCAGGGAUGUUCAUAUUUAUAAUUCUGCAAUUUCUGGGCUUUUGAGCUCAAGGAGGUAUGAUGAUGCAUGGGCAAUCUAUGAGAUAAUGCUGAAAAGUAAUGUUCAACCAGAUCAUGUGACCUGUUCCAUUCUAAUUACAAUAAUGAGGAAAGUUGGAAAUACCGCAAAGGAAGCAUGGGAGAUGUUUGAGAAAAUGAAUAAGCGAGGGGCGAUGUGGAGCCUUGAAGUUUUGGGUGCCUUAGUCAAAUCUUUUUGUGAUGAGGGGCUUCAGAGGGAAGCUUUUAUUAUACAAUCUGAAAUGGAGAAAAGGGGGAUCUCAUCAAAUACGAUUGUAUAUAAUACUAUAAUGGACUCCUAUAGUAAAGCCAACCAAAUUGAAGAAGCUGAAGGAAUAUUUGCUGAAAUGAAGAUGAAAGGAAUACCAGCUACAUCAGCUACAUAUACCAUAUUAAUGGAUGCAUAUAGCAGAAGCGCACAGCCUGAGGUUGUUGAAAGGCUACUUGAAGAGAUGGAAAGUAUUGGACUAGAGCCGAACGUAAAAUCUUAUACGUGUCUCAUUAGUGCGUAUGGUAGGCAGAAGAAAAUGAGUGAUAGGGCAGCAGAUGCAUUCUUGAGAAUGAAAAAGUUGGGCAUAAAACCGAAUUCUCAUUCAUAUACUGCUCUUAUUCACGCUCAUUCAGUCUGUAUGUGGCAUGAGAAGGCUUAUAUUGCAUUUGAGAACAUGCUGAGGGAAGGAAUAAAACCAUCAAUACAAACUUAUACUGCCUUGCUUGAUGCAUUUCGCCGUGCUGGUGACACACAAACACUGAUGAAAAUUUGGAAAAUGAUGAUCAAAGGUAAAGUUGUAGGGACUAGGGUGACUUUCAACACACUUCUCGAUGGCUUCGCCAAACAAGGUCAUUACGUUGAAGCAAGAGAUGUUAUAUGUGAGUUUGGAAAGAUUGGGUUUCCACCAACAGUUAUGACAUAUAAUAUGCUGAUGAAUGCGUAUGCACGGGGAGGUCAAGAAUCAAAGUUGCCACUGCUUCUGGAAGAAAUGGCAGCACAUAAUCUAAAACCCGAUUCGGUCACCUAUUCUACAAUGAUAUAUGCCUAUAUUCGCGUUCGAGAUUUCAAGAGGGCAUUUUAUUAUCACAAGCAGAUGGUGCAGUGUGGGGAAAUUCCUGAUGCUGGAUCGUAUCAGAAGCUCAGGGCAAUAUUGGAUGUAAAGGCUGCCAUUAAGAAUAAGAAGGAUAGAAGUGCUUUGAAGGGCAUUAUUAGAAGUAACAUGGGUGCUCUGCAUCAGAAGCAAAAAAGGAAAAAAGAUGAGUUUUGGAAAAAUAAAACUGGAACGAGAAAGAAAUCAUAAAACAACUCGAUAGCAAUAGAAGGUCCUCUGACUGGUUUUCUUCUGUAAUCAACUAAUCACUAUUUGGGACUGCUACUAUUGGGGUACAUUCUGGAUUUUGACAGGGAAGAUGGGAUGGUGGGCGUCCUCAAAGCCUUGUCAAAUGGAAUGGCUAACAAGAGCCGACCAGAAUGGUUAGAGGAAUUUUCCCUUUUAGCAAGGCAUGCCAUCUCUCUGAUAGUGUCUACACAUGAGCUCUCUCUUUCAUCAAGUUUUGCACCAUAUGUAUACCUCUACCAGCCACUAUUUAUUAUAUUGCAUUCCAGCGGAAGCAGAAUAUCAGAAACAAUUUUCUGAGUUACUGAUGAGGGCUGCUAGCGACUACCGUGCAUUAACGGCAUCUGCGGCCGACUUCCAUUGGAGCCAAAAUUAUUAUGGGUUUUGCUCCACCAACUAUAUGGGCAGUAUGUCAAAUUAUUAUUUUGGUUUUGCUUUCAACUAUAGUAGUUGGAGUAUUAUAUCGGAAUUUUAUCGAGCCAUGUAAGACUCUACUAUGGGUUUAUGUUGCCUGAGCAUAACAAUAGAUUGCAGAGACGGUGGUUGGCGGGAUGAGGCUGUUAAGGGCAGACGUACAAGAUCUCGUCCAAGGACGAGAACGAGAGACUGACAGGGAACAAGAACUUAGAGAAUUCUGUAAUUCGGAAUCUAUGAUGAGCGUAUUAAUUGGAAGAAUUAAAAGAAAGGACUCGGUGGAAUUAAUCUGAUCUUGGAAGUAUUCCAGAGAUCCAAGAAUUAAUUCUCCAAAGCUGUUUAUUGAAUAAUACUAAUGACCCUUAUGUAGC